GAUGCGGAGGGAGAGGGACCCGCCGUCCCCCGCGCCUGCUCCCGCCUGCCGGCCGCCGCGGCACAGGUGCGCACGGAGGAGCGGGUCAGCCCGCGGAGCAGAGGCCUCACCCUCCGGCGUCCCGGGCAGGUGCACCCCCGCCCCCGCGGCCUGGCUCGCUCCUGUUAGGUGGGGGGGUCCUCCUGGGGGAACCCCCUUGCCUGCCUUCCACCCUCCUCCAAGGCCCGGCCGACUCUAGGACCCUCCCGCCGCCGCCUCGGAAAUAAACCCUGCAGCCGGCCCCGCGUCCGCUCGCCUCGCCGCACUCCAAAGACUUGGCCUUGGGGCAGGCACGCAGCUGACCCAGGUUCGAUCCCCGACAUCCCAUAUGGUCCCCAAGCAUCGCCAAGAGUGCUGAGCCAGGAACAACCCCAGAGCAUCACCGGGUGUGACCGAAAAAGCAAAAAAACAAAAACAAAAAAAAAACUUGACCUUGGCUGACACCGUUAACUGGAUCCUCUCGGGUGAAAAUUGCCUGAGAGCAGUCUGCCAACCAGACCGAUGCCUUCUUCCGAUUCAUCAGAUGACCCGGAGGCCUGUGCUUUGAGAUUUUCAGGCCUGGAUUUAAAAGACACAGAUCCUGUUGAUCCCACUAGCUGUCUUAAAGCAGAAGUAGAUGUUCAUGUAAAGAAGAGAUACUCAUAUGCGAAGAAAAAGGCUUUUGCCCUUUUUGUCAAGACCAAAGAAAUUGUGGCGCCUCCUGAAUGUCACAAGAAAUGUUGGAAGUGUUGUCAGCAGCUAUUCACCAUCCAGUCCAGCUUCCACAGACAUGUAGCUACACAACAUGCUGCCGAGAUUUGCCGCCAGACUGCUGCUAUUCUACAGCAGCUGGCCGGGACUUCAGGUACCUCAGACCACCUUAAGUCUGCAGACAGAAGCAGCCCUGUAAAAGAGGACUUUUCUCGUAACCAAGAAAUAUCUGCCUGGCUCCCCGAUAUAAGUCGCUUUAGCCCUGGUGAGCUGACGAGUGGCCAGAGCAGUGAUGAAGGAGAGGUGCUACUUUAUUAUUGCUACCGUGACCUGGAGGAUCCCCACUGGGUCUGUGCCUGGCAGACAUCUCUGUGUCAGCACCUGCACCUCACAGGCAAAGUUCGAAUUGGUACAGAAGGAAUCAAUGGGACAGUAGGUGGAAGCAAACUUGCCACCAGGCUCUACGUGGAAGCCAUGCUUUCCUGCCCGCUCUUUAAGGGCUAUCUGUGUCAGGACGACUUUAAGACCAGCAAAGGAGGAGCCUGCUGUUUUCCAGAAUUACGUGUUGGUGUGUUUGAGGAAAUUGUGCCCCUGGGGAUUCAUCCCAAUGAGAUCUCCUACAAGAAGCCUGGAAUCCAUUUAUCCCCAGGUGAAUUUCAUAAAGAAGUAGAAAAGUUUUUGUCUCAGGAAAAUCAGGAACAUAGUGAUACUAUUCUCUUGGAUUGCAGAAACUUCUAUGAAAGCAAAAUAGGGCGGUUCCAGGGCUGCCUAGCUCCAGACAUCAGGAAAUUCAGUUACUUCCCAAGUUACGUUGAUAAAAAUCUAGAACUUUUCAGAGAGAAGAGGGUGUUGAUGUAUUGCACUGGGGGCAUCCGUUGUGAGCGGGGCUCAGCCUACCUCAAAGCCAAGGGCGUGUGCAAGGAAGUGUUCCAGCUCAAAGGCGGCAUUCACAAGUACCUGGAAGAGUUUCCCGAUGGGUUUUACCGAGGGAAGCUGUUUGUUUUCGAUGAGCGUUACGCCUUGUGCUACAACAGUGAUGUAGUGUCAGAGUGCUCCUACUGUGCAGCCCCGUGGGACCAGUACAAGCUCUGCUCGACGCCCCAGUGCCGCCAACUCGUCCUGACCUGCCCCGCCUGCCAGGCGCAGGGGCGUACCGCCUGCUGUGGCAGGUGUCAAGACAAAGGGGACCAGCUCGCCUCCAGGCCGGCCUGGAGCGGCUUCAAGGAGGAAUGCGAGUGCACGGCCCGCCGGCCCCGCAUUCCCAGGGAAGGGUCUUUGUCCCCGCCGCAGCCCCCCUCGGAGCCAAGGUCUGGUGUGGGUGAGGAGGCGCGACGCUGCCCAGAGGGGCCCCAGCGGCCUCCUGCCGAGCUGUCCCAGAGCUAGGCGGGAGACAGCCGUGAGCAUCUGAGUCGGCCCGAGGCCACCAGGACCCGCCGCUCCCCCACUGUCACUGUCCUUCCCAGGGGCGUGGGAGUGGGAGUUGGGGGGAGUGCCACUACCUGAGACCACUGAUGUCAGAGCAUGGAGAAAGCGAACACCGUAUGGGACCCCAAAGUCACUGAGGGCGAGUGCCACGAGCCGGGCAUGCAGUGUGUGUGCCCCCUGCGGCCCCCAGCAGCAUCGUGCUAGUGUGCUGACCUGGACUGUGCGUGACAAAAGCAUGAGGCCAUUCGCCCUGGCCACCUGCCCCUCUGCCUGGACUGUACGUGACAAAAGCAUGAGGCAAUGGCCCGGGCCACCUGCCCAUCUGCCGUCCAACCCCAGCCCGGGCAGCAGCUCAUCUGAUGGAGCCCCAGGUCUGGAAGACACGGCCUGCCUUCUUUCUGUGCCGUUCUGCUUCCCCGGAGAGAUUCCUCCCCGCCCCUCCCCACCGCAGUACCUGCCCUCUCACCUCUGAGGACUUGGCGAGACCCCAGUGAGCGCAGGGACGUCGACGUUGGGGCAGAUGUUGGGGCACUUGGUGUCCGAGAGGCCCCUGGAGACAAGGCGCACACUCGGGCCAGUUAGCACCUUCAGGGUGGCUUCCCAGUCCCCUCACCCACCCACACCUCGGCCGCACGGCCCUGUCACGCAAUGCCACAGAGCACACGCACGGCACACAGAGACCAGCAGGUUUAAUAGGGUAUUGCCGUUUCCAGUGGUGCAGAAUACAGCUGCAGUCGUGUUUCAAAGAGAAGCCGGUGGGGCUGGCCAUCCCUGCAGCGUGGCGGCGUUCCCGGGCCCCGGGGCCACCUCUGCUUCCCCUGUCCCUCCCAUGGCGUUACAGUUCAGUAUGCAGAACCCCCUGUCUCCCGGAAGCCUCCGCUCAGUGCCCUGCAGCCCAGUCUGCUCAGCAGCGCUGGCUCGGCCUGGGGAAGAUCCGCUGACUCACUCAUGAAAGGAACUCCCUACGCAACAGAAAGGCGAGUUUAACUGGCACUGUGGUACGUUAAAAGGCACAAGGGCAUUGUGGCUUAAUAUUUUCGCUAGAUCUCCAGAGAUGCACAUGAUGUUAAAGAAAAAGACCAAAAAAAAAAAAAAAGGUCUGGCAGAAAUACCAAAAUCACCUCUCAGGAUGGUGGACUUGGGAUGGUUUGGCCAGGAUGAUUUCCUGAUUCUUGACUCUCUGGAUUUCCUUCACCAUUGGGUGUGCCGAAGUCUCCUGAAUGGGCCUGAGAUCAGCAGUGACUUGUCUAAUGGGCGUCAGUGACAGUAGCUGGAGCCUGAGCACAGCACGAGGGAGCAGAAAUGCCCCUUCUGGCAUACCGCCUCUCACGGCUGCGUGCCCACGGCUGUGCAGGACGGACAGGGAACUGCAACUAUAUGGCCGCAGGUACUCGCAUCCAUCAUACAGAUGGCUCUUGAUGAAACUGACUCCAGCAUAUAACUGUAAAUGAGUCCCACGUGUUCCUAAAGAACACUCGGGGAGAUCCAUGAAAUUUCACCACUGAAUAUUUCUGCAACUUUCCCUUAUCCAGCAAACAGACUAGUGGUGGUUUUUGUUGUUGUUGUUGUUGUUGUUGUUUCAUUCCUAGCAGAAUUCUUUUUUAAUCUUUUUGUCUCAAGGGACAAAAUUGUAUUCUUGAUCCAGCAAUCAAUUGGCAACUUAACCUUGGGUUUCUUCAGAUUAAAGGAGGCUUUAUCUGUUUGGAAUGAUUGUCUGUUCACUUAGCUCAAUGGCUAAGGCCAGAUUUUUAAUAAAGAAUUUUGUAAUGCUGCUGA